CUCCUCACCGGCAGGUCACCGGCACUCCUUCAGCUUCCUACAAACCCCGCGCUGGAUUUCCGCCUCUCCGCAGAGCAGGCGGCGCGGCACUGGCCUCUCCCGCGGGAGGGAGGGGCCCGCCGUGGGCAGGGAGGAACCCGCCGUGGGCAGGGAGGAACCCUUCCGAGGGACCCUGAGCAACGGGGAGGACACUUCCGGAGAGACGCUGCGCCUGCAGGUGGGGCGGCGGUACGGAGAUAGGGCGUGUGGGGUCCGUGCUCCGCACCUGACGCGGGCCUGCAGGUGGAGCCCCCGGGGAGCACGUCGCUAGCGCGUCCCUCCGUGCCCGCUCUCUGUGCCCCCCGUACGGAGCAGGGGGCAGGUCCCCGCCCGUCCCGAUGCAGCAGUAGCAAACGCCAGCUCGGGCUUUACCUCCGACAGCGGUCGGCGGAACGAGGCGCGUGUGCGCCAGCGCCCCCAGCGGAGUCUGGGGGAGGCGGGCCGGGGGCUCCGCGCCGUUCCUCCGUCGCGCCGCGCCCUGUCCCCUCCCCUUCCCUCCCCUCUCCACCUGCCGGCGCGGAGGUUCGUGCACCUGGCUGCCGUCCUGUCCCCGGGACCGGUCGGCCUUGCUUACGCUCCCGGCGUGACGCAGUUCCUGCCCGCCCCGUGCUGCCCUGAGCCCCGCCGGCGACAGCGGCGGGCGGGAGCGCCACGAUGGGAGCGCGCGCGCGCGCGGCUGGCGGCGGGCGCGCGCAUCGGCUCCCCCUCAGUCUCCUCCGCCCCCUCCCCUCCCCUCCGCCGUUGCGUGAGGAAGAGCGGGAGCUGCCGCGGUGGCGGCGGUUCGUGUGGCGGGGAGUUGCGGCGCCAGCGGGUGAGGGGCAGAGGCUGGUGCGGCAGCGGAUAGUGGCGGUGGCUGCGAGGUGCCGGCUCCUGCAGCUCCUCAGGGGGCUGCCCGCUCCCGGGCUGGGGUAAGAGCUUCCUUACCAUCUAAAGAUCAAAUAUGGACCCUGAAGCUGAAAUAAAGAAGCAAGUAAACCCUUUCUACUGCAAUAUUUGCAAAAUCUGGUGUGCUUCUGCACUAAACUUGCAGACUCACUUCCUCGGAGUCAAACACAAAACGGUUGAAGAAGCUCUGAAAGCUCAUGGCAUUGUGCAAACUGAGCCAGAGAGGCUUCAUGGACAGACCUUGGAAGAACAGCUUAAUACAUGUAAAGAUUCAGAACCUGCACUUGGACUGAAUUAUAUAAUUGAAUAUCGGUCAAAGGACAAUUUCCCUUUUCUCUAUGAAUGUCAACUGUGUCAUUGUAAAACAGGACUGAGUAACAUGUUCAUGCAUGUCUGUGGUUCCAAGCAUAGACUGGCAUACCUGAAACAACAUUAUCCUGAGAUAGUAGAAUCGGAUGAAGUUAAAGGUAAAGGCUCCGAACUGAACAGAAAAGUCAGACAAGUUGCAUUAACAAUUGAGAAGAAAGAAGGAAGAAAACAAAUAAAGGUGGUUACAGAUGCUCCAAUAAUGAGGAGGAGAUGGCAAGAAUAUCCUAAUGCAGAUGACAGCCCUUCAAAAGCUAAACUUCAGCAUGUGGAUACAUUGCUUAAUAAUGAAGAAAAUCCAGAUUGUAAAAAUAAGGAUGGAAAAACGCUAUAUUCUAGUCAAGGUGAAAAGAAUAUUCAAGAGGAGCAGGAAAAAAGUCCGAAAGAACAAGCAAAACCAGAUGAGAAGGUUGAAUCUAAUAAGACUAUUGAAAGCAGCGAAGGCAGCAAAGGCAACAGCUCAGAAAAGUGUGAGACCAAUAAACAACAGCAGGAAGAAAGCGUGGAAGUUGAGCAAGAAUUUAGACCAAAUCCUGAAGAAUUCACUAGUCAAGAAGAACUGUUGGGUUAUUUGCAAAGUUUUGAGAUACUGAAUGAAGAUGAUGCUUCAUUUAUACUCAAAGUUACGCAGACUCUAACAGAUGCACUAGUGGAAUAUCGUCAGCAGGCUGCAUCAAACAAAGACCUCUUAGAUACUGAACAUAAUGGAGAAGCAGCAUUGGAAUAUUGCACAGAACAGUCUGACCUGACUUCAGCAGAUAUUAGUGACUCUGACACAGACUACUCAAGCAGUCGAUCAGCUAAGCAGUCCUUUUCAGUAAAUGAAGAAGAGGAACCCCCAAACUUUUCAACUGGCUUUUCAACUGGCUUUUCGGAAAUAGCGUAUGAGAGCAACGUAACGGCUGAAUUUUUGAACAGUGUAAGAAAUAUGAAUGCUGAGGAAGUUACUGCUACUCUACACAAAAUAGCAGCAGCAAAUCCAGCUUUCAGAGGAAUUGAUAUUCCAAACGUUAUAAGGAUCCUGACUGAGAGUGGAACUCUGAGAAGACCAAGCAACGGCAGCACAUAGUGACAUGGCAGUUUAUAAUAGAGUUAAUAUAACAAUGUUUACUCUCUGUAAGUCUGUUAUUUUACCCAAUAGGAACUCAGUGUAGCCAAUUUUGCCAUGUGCAACUUUUGUACAGUGUUAUUUUAAUUAAAUUAAUAACUUGGGUUUGCAGUUCUUGUUAUUUAUAUCUCUGUAUAGAUUAAAUUUCCAUAUUGUGGAAAGGUGAUAAAGCUUAUGUUCUUCCUUUCCUUGUUAAAACAAACUUUUAAAACAGGAAACUUGUUUUUCUUGAUAUCAUUAAGUACUGGACAUUGACAGUCACCUUCUUUUCUUGUUUAUUCUUUUACAAAGAGUUAUCAGCAGAAUGAACUACUACAGUCAGCAGUGCAAAUUCAUCCUAGAAUACAUACUCGGAAGUUAUUCCCUGUGGCUGCUGAGUCUGGCUCAAAAGUGUUUGUAAUAAAAAAUCCUCUCCCAUAGAAGGAUUACAAACAGGUCUUUAAAAAAAAAAAGAUUAUGAUUAAAAAAAAUAAUAAAAAGUCAGUGCUGUCAGUUCUAAGUUGAGAAGUGCCUGAACUGUAGCCAAUUUAUGGAGCCUAGAUAAUUGGAAACUUUAGCUAAGUCAACAGAGGUUGGCUGUGCAUGCAAAUUGAAGGCUGUGUCCCAAAAGACCUAACAUGUCUGUGGUACAGAGGCACUGAUGUGGUAGGGAAAAGUAUCUCUUCUCUUAUUCCACUAGCAGGAGAAUGGCACGAGAGCUGGCUGAUGCUGCCCUUCAAGUUCUUUGAAUGUCAACUUUUUUUCAACUAAAGUAGCAGUGCUUUUAACUGAAUGCAAAAGUCAUUUUUCAUCAUCCUACAAAAGCAGGAGUUGUUAAUACAUAUUAAUGACUCCUACUUCUGUAGGAUGAUGAAAAAUGUUUUGGAUGGUUGCAAAUCAGUGUGGUGGGGGGGGGAUGUGGUGGAAUAAAAAUAGUGUCAUUAAAAUUUGCUUCCUGCUUGUGAUGUUGGGUAGCAUUCCGUGGUUCUAAUUAAAGCACUUCAGCUUUGCAGCAGAAUUCUGGUGUAAUACAGCCAUGCUGGGGCCAGAUGGCAAAUGAACCUCUUAAUGUUAACUUAUGUUUUUUGGAGAUCUGGAUGGAAUCAAGACUCCUCCUCCUGAUGGCUUCACAUCUUCAUAUCAGGGAAAGCAAGAUGCCACAAAAAAUAAGAUAACAAAGGAAGCAGUAACAAAAUCAAUUAGUUUUGUUCUAUUAACAGAUACAAGAAAAAAAACAGUUCAAUGACAGUCAAAGAAAUCAAACCACAAAAUGCUGCUUUAAAUAAACAGUGAGUGAUUUCUAGAAUGCCUCUAAAUACGUUCUUGGCAGAGGUGGACCCAGAGCUCUUACAACUCAUUAGCUCUAAGGACAGGGACAGUGUUCAUGCCUCCUUACUGAAGAUACUGAAGAUAAACUUGAUCAGCAAAAUCUCUUUUUAUUGAUACAAAAUUCUGAGUUGUUCCUGUAACAAAAAAUAAAACCAGAAACUUUUUUGUUUGUUAUCGAAGUGCAGUACGUUCUUUUAAUUAAAAUAAUAAAAUCUGAA